UGUGCCACCACUGAGGGUAGAGGAGGAGCUGCCAAAGAUAGGGGCGGGGCAGCUGAGCUUCAGAUCCUUCACCAUUUCCUGUAGAGUGUCAGACACACACACAUACACUCCCUCACACACUCAUUCUCUUAACACACUCAUUCAGUUCUGUAGGAGAGUAGGAGAGGAAUCUGACCUGUCCGGCAUUAUGCUCCUCCGGUUUCCUCACAGCUGGCUCUUGGCCAUCAUGCUGGUAUCAUCUGCAGUGUGUGAAGAUCAGGGCUGUGAGGACAUCACUGAUCUGGACCUGAAACACUCCAUCGUUGGUUCAUCUUUAAAGGUGCGGCUGCUGCUCUUCACCCGGGCUAAUUCCACCUGCGGGCAGCUGAUUGACCGUGAGAACCCCUUCAGUAAACCAUACCUCAAUGUCUCCCGUCCCACCACCUUCACCAUCCAUGGCUACCGGCCCACUGGCUCCCCCCCGGUCUGGAUGCGCAGUGUGGUGGCGGAAAUCCUGGCCCGCAAAGACAUCAACGUCAUCGUGGUGGACUGGAACCAUGGUGCCACCAACAUCAACUACCUGAAAGUGGUGGAGAACACACGGCCAGUGGCGGUCAUCCUCACAGACUUCAUCAAGAAGCUGCAGAAUAAAGGAGCGUCUCUCGACUCCAUCCACAUGAUCGGGGUGAGCUUAGGGGCGCAUAUCUCCGGCUUCACUGGGGCAAACUUCAAUGGUUCUAUUGGCAGAAUCACAGCUCUGGACCCGGCUGGACCCUCCUUCACAGGGAAACCCCCAGAAGAACGCCUGGACCCCACCGACGCCCAGUUUGUAGAUGCUCUGCAUACAGACAUGGAUGCGUUUGGCUUCCGGAAGCCUGUGGGCCAUAUUGACUUCUAUGCAAACGGUGGAGCGGAUCAGCCGGGCUGCCCCAAGACAAUCUUCUCAGGGUCUGAAUAUUUUAAAUGUGAUCACCAGAGGUCAGUGUUUCUGUAUCUGGACUCUGUGAACAGGACGUGUCGGACCGUGGCCUACCCCUGUUCCAGUUACUCUGACUUUUUAGAUGGGAAGUGUUUUAACUGUUCGCGGUUCGGCUCGGCCGGGUGUCCGGUCUUUGGUUAUGAUGUGAUUGAGUGGAAAGAUGUUCUGCUGAAGCUGGAUCAGACCUCCACCUACUUCACCACCAAUAAAGCUUCUCCAUUCUGCAAGGUUGGAUAUAAAGUGGAUAUUCUGACCUGGAAUUCAGAGAAAAGGUGGGGCCAUAUUACCCUCACUUUACACAAAGGAGACCAGGAGACCACGGCCGAGAUCAACCACAAGUCUUAUGAAUUCCAGCAGUACACUGAGACCAGUCUACUGGCUCAGUUUGACAGAGAGGUCCAGCCUGCUGAAAAGAUUACUCUGAAAUACGGAACGGGGAACGUGUUCGGACCCAAGUAUAAACUCCGAGUUCUGCGUAUACGCCUCACCCCCCUGCCCCUGGAGCUCAAUCUCAGGCCCAUGUGUCGAUAUGAUCUUUUGCUUUUGGAGAACAAAGGAGUGACCUUCAGGCCCAUUCCCUGUGAGCACUCCAACUUCUGACCACUGUAUAAGCACUUUUAUAGAGACUCUAUGUGGACCUCAGUUACUGAAGAAAUUUUCCAGAAACCUCCAAACCCCUUCAAAACCUUUCUGACAAGACUCUUCCACUGCACAUCUUUGAGGGCUUGGAGCCCGAGGUUAAUCUGUGGUGAAUUUACUACUCGUUAUAUUUUUUGAAUAAUGUAAAUAUUAACAAAUAAACAUUUUUUAUUUGUGUUUCCUCUGUUUUUAUAUUUAAAAGGUUUUUUAAUUCUCUGUAAAUUAAAGAUGCACCAAAGAGGAAGGUGUUGAAUCUGAACAAAAUAAAACCUUAGCCAAAUGCUGAAUACAAAGUACUGUUAAUAAUGUUAAAACUUUUUAUUCAUUUUGUAAUUUUUUCACCAGUAAAUAAAUGUAAUAGUGCAAUAGUCUUUUUGACUUGCUUUUCAAAGAAAAAACUAUAUACAUUUUUUUUCUCCCAAUUCAUCUGGCCAAUUAUCCCACUAUUAUCCCACCAGCUGCUAGUCAGCUGUAUAUCCCCAAUUAACUAGCCCCAAUAAAGUCAACCACCGCCUCUUUCCAACUGCUGCUGAUACAGCAUUGUCGAUUAGCCAGUGCGCUCAUUUCGGAUAUAUCAGCUCACAGAUGCCUUGUGCUGAUCGACAUCACCCUAGGAGUGAUGGUGGGAAAGAGCACCAUCUAUCCACCCAGAGGGAGCAAUGCCAAUUGUGCUCUCUCAGGGCUCCGGCAGCUGAUGGCAAGCUGCUAGAUCGGAAUUCAAACCUGCAAUCUCCUGAACAUAGUGCACUGGACGUAACAUUUCUAAUACCCCAGCAGACAUAAUAAUGAAGUAUAUUCAUUUAAAUAAUGAGUAAUUAUUCUGUUUAAAUUAUUUGGAUGUCACUUUUUUGACUGGACACCCAAAGAGCAUUUUUGCCAUUUUCUAAUGAAUAAUUUCAUUUGCUGAAUAUUUGGUGCAUCCUCACUGAUGAUUUUUUUUAUUAUAUAUUUUUUAUCUUUUUUAAGAUAGUGACAGAUAUUUUAUAUUUAUUGUAAGUUGUUAUGUAGUGUAGAAAUGUUAUAAAUCUACAUUUUUUUAUUAAAAUGAUUGUUAUUGAAUAACCUUUGUGGUUAGGGUUUAUAUAAUUAUAUUUUCUCUUUAAGUUGCAUGUGUAAGUUUUUUUUUUUACCAUUAUUUCUGCCUCUAUUUGGCAAAGCACACAGUUUUUUUAUUAAAAAUUAAAAUUAAAAAAAUUAACAAAAUUAAAUGUCUCAGACAUGGCUCCUGGGAAACAGACAAAUAAGGUUAAACAGUUCUGGUGAACUCAAUAAAAAUGUUAAAACUCA